AUGGCAGCAACUUUACCAACUUUAUGUUUACAGGUUAUAUUUGACGAACUUCUUAUCCAUAGUCAAAAUGAAAUUGGUUCACCUCUAUAUUCUUGUAUAUUAGUAAAUCGUCAUUGGUAUUUAUCGACCAUACCAGAACUUUAUAAAAACCCUUUUGAAAUUUGUAAUAGAUUUGAUUCUCCCAGAGUUAAAAAUAGAAAUGAUGAGACAAAUGAAUUAUAUAUAUCCGUCGAUAUAUGGUGUAAAUCUAAUAAAAUAUCUUUAUUUGGAUUGGCUUAUAAUUCAUUUUGUAAACAUUUUAUUAGUAAUUGUUUACAUAUAUUUAAAUUGGAUAUUUCGAAUUCACGACAAUUAUCAAAUAUUUUUGAAUUUCCUGGAGCAACAAAAUGUCUUUCUUCAAUUAAAAUUUUAAGAUAUGGAGAUAAUCAUAAUCUUUUGGGUAAUUAUAUUCCAAAACAAAUUGAUUUAAUUUCUAAAAAUAUUUGUAGAUUUGAAUUAUAUAUGCCAGGAAAUUAUCCAACAUUAAAAGAUUUAGAAGAAUUAAUUAAAUCUCAAAAAAAAAUUACGGAAAUGGAAUUAAUAUUAUUUGAAAAAUCGACUUUUAACAAAUUAAUUGAUAUCUUAAUUAACACUGAACAUAAAAAUACUAUUGAAAAUUUUGAAUUUUAUAAAAUUGAUUUGACUACUGGAAUGUCAAUAAAUUCAAGUUUAAUAGAACAAUUAGCCUUAUUUAAAAAUUUAAAAUAUUUGAAAUUUGAUGAAUAUAUCAAUGAUGAUGAAUUAACAUUUAGAGAACUUGUUGAAUUAUUUAUUAAUUAUUGUGGAAAUUUAGUAGAAUUGGAAAUUUCAAUUGAUUUAGAAGAAUUUGAAGAAAUGAUAAAACUUUUAAAGGUUUGUAAGAAAUUAAAAAGUCUUUACGUUUAUGAUAAAUUAUUAGAAAGAUUUGAAGAAUUAAUAAUUUAUAGAGAUUUAGAUAUUAGUCAAAUUUUACCGGAAAUUGGUCAAGUCAUGCCAAGUGAAAUGAAAAGAUUUGAUAUUGAUAUAAAUUUAAAAUUUACUCAUGAAGCAUUAAAAGAAUUUUUAGUAAAUUGUAAAGUAAAUUAUAAAAAAUUGAAUUUAGAAUUAUGGCAUGUUCAAAAAUUGACUGAUAUUGAUAGAGAUUUAUUGAAUAAAUAUGGAAUUAAAAUAAAUGAGAAAAUUGAAAGAAAUAUUUAA